CAGAGACUGGCUGGGCUGGCACUCACCCUCUACCCACCUGCUCUGUAAUGGUAGUCUAUCAGUAGUAGGUUCCAGGUUCCCCAGGGCAUGUAGGCAGAGUUAGCGGCUGCCAAGUGUUCAGAGCCACAGCACUCCAGGUACCCUGGGACCUUCUCUAUCUGCGGUGCUCUUUAGCUCCUGCGGAGAUGCCCAACUGACAGGAGAGCCAGUGAGGACAAGAACGCUCCCUUCCGACCCAAGUUCACGGCACCCAUGGCUCUGCCGGCCAGUCUGUUGCCCCUGUGCUGCUUGGCACUCCUGGCACUAUCUGCCCAGAGUUGCGGGCCGGGCCGAGGACCGGUUGGCCGGCGGCGUUAUGUGCGCAAGCAACUUGUGCCUCUGCUAUACAAGCAGUUUGUGCCCAGUAUGCCCGAGCGGACCCUGGGCGCGAGUGGGCCAGCGGAGGGGAGGGUAACUAGGGGGUCGGAGCGCUUCCGGGACCUCGUACCCAACUACAACCCCGACAUAAUCUUCAAGGAUGAGGAGAACAGCGGCGCAGACCGCCUGAUGACUGAGCGUUGCAAAGAGCGGGUGAACGCUCUAGCCAUCGCGGUGAUGAACAUGUGGCCCGGAGUACGCCUACGUGUGACUGAAGGCUGGGACGAGGACGGCCACCACGCACAGGAUUCACUCCACUACGAAGGCCGUGCCUUGGACAUCACCACGUCUGACCGUGACCGUAAUAAGUAUGGUUUGUUGGCGCGCCUAGCUGUGGAAGCCGGAUUCGACUGGGUCUACUACGAGUCCCGCAACCACAUCCACGUGUCUGUCAAAGCUGAUAACUCACUGGCGGUCCGAGCCGGAGGCUGCUUUCCGGGAAAUGCCACGGUGCGCUUGCGGAGCGGCGAACGGAAGGGGCUGAGGGAACUCCAUCGUGGUGACUGGGUACUGGCCGCUGAUGCAGCGGGCCGAGUGGUACCCACGCCAGUGCUGCUCUUCCUGGACCGGGAUCUGCAGCGCCGCGCCUCGUUCGUGGCUGUGGAGACCGAGCGGCCUCCGCGCAAACUGUUGCUCACACCCUGGCAUCUGGUGUUCGCUGCUCGCGGGCCAGCGCCUGCUCCAGGUGACUUUGCACCGGUGUUCGCGCGCCGCUUACGUGCUGGCGACUCGGUGCUGGCUCCCGGCGGGGACGCGCUCCAGCCGGCGCGCGUAGCCCGCGUGGCGCGCGAGGAAGCCGUGGGCGUGUUCGCACCGCUCACUGCGCAUGGGACGCUGCUGGUCAACGACGUCCUCGCCUCCUGCUACGCGGUUCUAGAGAGUCACCAGUGGGCCCACCGCGCCUUCGCCCCUUUGCGGCUGCUGCACGCGCUCGGGGCUCUGCUCCCUGGGGGUGCAGUACAGCCGACUGGCAUGCAUUGGUACUCUCGCCUCCUUUACCGCUUGGCCGAGGAGUUAAUGGGCUGAGCUUCCAAGGACAGAAGUCCUCCAGGCUCCAUACGAAACCGAAACCGAAGCCCCAAGACCUGCUGGCUGAGAUCUGGGGAUGUGAGCCGCAGGUGAUGCUGAUAGGGGAGGGGGUGAGAAAAGAGAGAGAGAAAGGUGGGCUGUACUAGGAACUUCUUGGUUUAGGCAACUUUUACCCGAGAAGAGUGGUGUCUGGUCCUCGGUAACUGGGUUUGCUAGUAGGCACUCUUUAACGAGGACUCUUUUGCGUCUUCCCCAGUCGCACCGGAUAAUUUUAUUUUCUAUUUAUAAUUUGUAAUAUGAUGACCUGCUUGCCCAGCCCACCAAGGUGAGGGCCUGGAGCUUGGCGCCAACCUGACGGCUCCCACCCUCACUUCUCCCUGCAGGUGAGUUAAUACAAGGAAGGCUUUAUUGGAGACCACCUCCAAAGAGGAGGAGAACCCGGACUAAUCCGAGUUCACACCUUACUCCCAAUUUGCCCGUCUUCCUCAGCAGGAUCUUCCAAACCCUCUCGCUGCAAAGGGUGUCCCAACCUGUCAGCAAUAGACCAGCAAUGUCCCGCCCCUUUUAAGGUACUGGUUCCACCCCUAGUCAGGACCAGAGCUUCACUUGUGAGGAUGCAUACCAACUGUGAGUGGGGCGGGGCUUACCAAGGCAGC